UUCGCCAUUUCAGAUUCGGGGGAUCCGUAACUCCCGCUGAACAAGUAGGUCAACCGAGCGGAGGUGCCAGGCUCCGGCCUUUUCUUCACCGAAAACAGUCUACCCCGCUUCCUCAGCGUCAAACUGCUCGGUCACUGUGCUCCGAUGCGUUUUAUGUGGUUGGUGCGAAUGAGCUUUUCCAGCGUGGGCCCGGGCUGAAGCGUCAAGUCUGCCAGUUGUCGGAUUUUCCUGCUAACAGCUAGUGAGCUAGCUGUGUGUAAACAACAAGGAUGAAGCGGAUGAAAGGAGCUGAGGAGGGCAGCAACAGCUCCUCUAGCAAAAGCCCGCCAGAGGCUUGCAAGAAGGUUCGGAAGCAGAUGAGCGAGGAGUCGGAGGCAGUAGUGGCCGGUGAGUCACGAGACUGUGACUGGGCACGGCUGCCUCAGGAGCUCCUGCUCCACAUCUUCCAGUACCUUCCGCUGCUGGACCGGGCUUAUGCCUCUCAAGUGUGCCGCCGGUGGAACCAGGCUUUUCACAUGCCCGAGCUGUGGAGAUGCUUCGAGUUUGAGCUUAACCAGCCAGCCAGCUCUUACCUGAAAGCCACACAUCCAGACCUCAUCAAGCAGAUCAUAAAGAGGCACUCCAACCACCUGCAGUACGUCAGCUUCAAGGUGGACAGUAGCACAGAGUCUGCAGAGGCAGCUUGUGACAUUCUUUCACAGUUGGUGAAUUGCUCACUGAAGACCUUGGGGCUCAUCUCUACAGCCAGGCCCAGUUUCAUGGAGGUUCCAAAGUCUCAUUUCAUCUCAGCUCUGACUGUGGUGUUUGUCAACUCGAAGUCGCUGUCUUCGCUGAAGAUUGACGACACGCCAGUGGAUGACCCGUCUCUGAAGGUGCUGGUGGCCAACAACAGUGACACCCUGAAACUGCUGAAGAUGAGCAGCUGCCCUCACGUCUCUCCAGCAGGAAUCCUGUGUGUGGCAGACCAGUGUCACGGGCUGAGAGAGCUAGCACUGAACUACCACCUCUUGAGUGAUGAACUCCUUCUGGCCCUCUCCUCUGAGAAACACGUCCACCUGGAACACUUGCGCAUCGAUGUGGUGAGCGAGAACCCUGGCCAGCACUUCCACACCAUCAAAAAGAGCAGCUGGGACGCCAUGGUGCGGCACUCACCCAAAUUCAACCUCGUCAUGUACUUCUUCCUCUAUGAGGACGAGUUCGGCCCUUUCUUUAACGAGGAGAUCCCCGUCACACACCUCUACUUUGGCCGCUCUGUCAGCAAGGAGGUCUUGGGCCGUGUUGGCCUCCACUGCCCCCGUCUGGUGGAGCUGGUGGUGUGCGCCAACGGCCUGCGACCUCUGGACGAGGAGCUGAUCCGCAUUGCAAAGCACUGCACUCAGCUGUCAGCCAUCGGCCUGGGCGAGUGCGAAGUUUCCUGCAGUGCGUUUGUGGAGUUUGUCAAGAUGUGUGGCCGGAGGCUGUCCCAGCUGUCCAUCAUGGAGGAGGUGCUGAUUCCUGAUCACAAAUACUCCCUGGAUGAGAUUCACUGGGAGGUUUCGAAGCACCUAGGCCGGGUCUGGUUCCCAGACAUGAUGCCGACCUGGUAAAGUAAAGCCACGGAGGAGUUCAGCUCAUCAGGUAUGUGGUGUAGAACAGUCAUGGCCUCCGUUUUUUGCACUGAAAAAACCUUUAAAUGCUCAGCUGUAGUGGAAUGUUUGGUGCCAACAUGGAGAGCAUAAACCCCUGUAUGGAUGGAGUGCAGGACAGGGGUAUAAAGUGGCGCCCGACCACUACACAAUGUUAUCAUGUAGUGCAAACACCACAAAAAUCUCUGCCUGAUAGCUUCAGCAUGGACGGUGGAAUCCUGCUUUAUCUAAUGAGACAGAACUCAUCAGACUGGCUUCUUCACAUCAGUGCACAGACCAGUGCAGGUGGGAAUAUUUGACUAAAACAAAGCAAUGUUUUUAUUACUGCAAACUGAGUUAUACGGACAUUGUAGCUUGGUUAUGAUAAUCUAUAUUAUGAGAGAUGUAAGUGUGUUUGUGUGUAUGCGUGCAUAUCUGCGUGCAUGGGUGUGUGUGUUUUAUUGUUUUGUUUUUUUAACAUUGUGGAGUAAUUUGGGACAAUUAGGUGCACAAUUGCAUGUUGUUACGCUACCACUUGGCCUACUCAAAUCCAGUCUGAGAUAGCUCUGUAACACAGUAGGGCAUUGGAAGUUUCCGAAUUCCUGCAAUGUUAUGUGCAUUUAGGAUGUUGUUGUUUGGCAGUGUAGUUGAGAGUGGCUGGGUCCAUCAGCUCAUUUUAAACUAAUUUAAACACAAAGAGCAGCAGUUGUGUGACAUCUCGCUUUUCUUUCUCACCUGAACUCAAGUCCCGCAUCAGAGAAGAAAACACAAUUGUUGAAAGUAGUUGGCCAGGAGAGAAACAGAAAUGUGUGUGUGUAUAUAGGUUUCUAUGUUUGUGAUGUGAAGGUGUACAAUAUUGAUCGAUGUCAUGGAUUUUUAUUUUCUCCAAGUUAUGUAGAUAUUUCGUUCCUGCAUCGUGCAUCAAUUGGCUUGACAAAUUAAUUUUUAUUAGUUUUAUUAAGAAGGUUUCUGUACAGUCAUAGAUUUCCUAAGCACUUUAAAUGAAUACCAAAUAAUCGAGACAAACCAAGUCCUUAUAUCAUAAUGAACGCAAGGAAAUGAGCUUUAUAAUGCUCCACUUUGUCUUAGUUGGACCCAGAUUUUAAUGCCGACUAUUUACACUGUUCUGGGCUUGUAAUGAGUCAGAUACCAAGAACAGUAUGUUGAAGUGAUGAAUCUGUAAGUACUCAUAUUUAAAAAAACAAAAACAAAAAAACAAUCAGAAAUGAUUCUAUGUAAAUAUAGCACAAUAACAGUGCACAGACAUGUCUGAAAUUGGAGGUAGAUAUUGGUAAAGUCUGCAUCUUUCUUUGUAGUCAUUCAACAAUAGACUAGUCCCUGCAGCUAUUAGCUAACCUAUGCACGCUGAGAAGGCAAAACUAGCCCUUUGUGUCUCUCAGGUGCAUUAAAUGAAUAUAUUUCUUAUAUAGGUUUCAUUUGUAUCUUCUGCUAUUUGCCUGUUCAAGCUCCAAACCUGUUGUGAAUAUCUGCCCUCCUGUUAGCCCGUGUUUGCUCUGUAUCAUGUUAUCACAUCAUACGUACAGCAGAGGAUGCAGUGUUCACCUUUUCAUUACCAACACCGUCUUUGCAGAUUGCAGUAGCGCUCCUGUCCCAGACAUCCAUUCAUUUCAGUCAAAAGAGAUUUGGCAAGUCAGAUGAGUGAAACAGACUUUUUUUUUCCUUUAAGAAGGAAGUCAAAUGCAUCUGUAUAUAAAACGCUGUGUGUUUGAUUAUUAUGAAUAGAAAUGUAAUUAUUUCUUUAUUUCACCCUCUGUCAGGGUUUGAAGUUUCCUUAACGGCUCGUGUCUUUUAUAAAACCAGAGUGCGAGUUAUCCUUUACUAGAUGGAUCUUUUUCAUACUGUAGUCACUAGAGAAGAUAAGCUGUGUAAUUUAUUGAUAUGGAUAGUGCUUUUGUAAUGAAUUUGUGUUCAGUUAUACAAAAAAAAAGCAAUCCUUAUAACCAGCAAGCAGACCAGCAGCAAGAGUGGUUUUAGUGGUUGAGACCCACCUUGGUUUUGUUGCAUGCAGGUGGUUCAGAAGUUUUGAGUCCACUACUUUACAAGUUUAAUCAUUUAUCAACACAGAGAAAGAUUUUAACAAGGAAGCAUCACACUCCAUUUAGUGAAUUUAACCCUGCACUCUUUGUGCGGAGGAAGGCCAUCAUUUUUGUCUUAAACUGUGUUAAAAAAUAUUUAUUUUCCAGCUUCAGGAAAAAUGUUAAAACGUGAAACAUCUAAAGACAUUUAACUGGGAUCUGCUUAAAAAGAGCUGGAGUAAUAGAUUGUAAAAAUCUGUAGAAACGGGUAGAAAGCACUUCAGACAUUGAGAAAUUGCUCGCAAAAUUUUCAACAGUAAAUGUUAUUAAAAGCUACAUAAGCGAGUUUAAAGAGAGCUCAUUUGUCAAAAAUGUAUUUUUAUAAAAAGCUGUUGGUAGUGGAGAAACUUUUGGAUGUCACUGUAUAUCAUUAGACUGUGUAAAACCCCAGAUUUUGAUUUAUUUUUCUGCCAGACUUCAUUCCUUUUAUCCAUCAUUGUCAUGUAGACAUUUCAUGUAGCCAAAUGGUAACGUAAACUAAAACUGAGGCAACUUCAUUGCAGGAAGUGCAGAUGAUUCUUCAUAGUAUUUGAUUGAACUGACGUAGUCUAUUGAUAGUAUUGGUCUCUGAUCACUGAAGUAGACACUUGUGCUGAUUGUCUGUGCUCAAGUACAUUAGCAUCUCAGCGGUACAGUAACAUAUCUUGAUUAUUUUUCAUUAUUUGUGCAGUGCAUUAAACAGUGGCUGUGACAGCAGCUCUAAAGUGAAACCUGUGUUUCGAUACUCUACUGGUUUCAAACCAUUUUCCUGUUGUCUUGAAUGGCUUUUAAUGGAAAUUUCAGCCGGAUGAGUUAAACUUGUUUCACAUAAAUUAAGAAGGACAAUUUAUUUAUCUUUCUUCAUAAAUACGCCUCUUGUCAGUCAGUAAUUGUUAUUUUAACCUCAUUGGUUCACAGAGUCCUCCAGUAAGUUUUACUUGGAGUAAACUGAUGUUGACAAUGCUGUCCUUUAGUUUUGCUUCUGUAUGGCAAAUGCUUUGUCUACUUUGCUUUACUGGUCACCUGUCUUGAAAUUAAACUUGUUUUGGAUAUGUGAUCUUAUACCAGUAAUAAAAAAUUGUGAAUGUA